UAUUGACCCAGCUAAAUGAGGAACUGUAUUCAAGAUAAAGGAGUGAGACACAGCCGUCUUGAAACAGAACUCCAGCAACCCACAAUGAAGAUAGCUGUUAUUUUAUUUCUCGUCGCCUUAGCAGGGCAAGGGUAUGGUGAUUCCUGCGUAGGACGAUGUAACGACUAUGCGGAUCACUCGCACACGUGUGAGUGCAACAGCUACUGCGAUACUUAUGGCGACUGUUGUCCGGAUUAUAUUUCCACCUGUUUACCAACCUCGACUUGUGCUGGUCGAUGCGGUAACUCUCUUAAUCUGAACGAUCCAUGCCAUUGCAAUGCUGGAUGCGAGAACUUCUACGAUUGCUGCGCUGACUACGCGACCGUCUGUGCAUCUGGAGGUGGAAGCGGGGGAUCUUGUUCGGGUCGAUGCGGCGACCUUCUCGACUCCAGUAUGCCUUGCCAAUGCAACUCUCAGUGCGAAAACCAUGGAGAUUGCUGCUCCGACUAUAACAGUAUUUGUAACAGCGGCGGUGGUGGUGACGGAGGAAACACAGGAAGCUGCAAUGCAAUUUCAGUGAGCAAUAGCGAAAUUCAGGCAGUAUCGUUGGAGAUGUGGGACCUUGAUGUUAACCGUGCAGGACCUGGAGAUAUCAUAUUGAACCCACAAGCAACCACCAGCGAUAGCUCUACUGUCGAUAACUCGCCAGAACCAUUUUUCACCGCUGUCAAUCCAGCUGUUCUUCAACAGCCAACAUACCAAGCACUUAUUGCUCUUCUGGAUAACUACCAAAAAGUAGAAGGAAUAGACGAAGUGAGUUCACCACAAGAAGAAGCAGAGCAAGACAAUUUCCUUGACUUGUUCGUGGAAACUGCAGUUGGAGCUCGACUCUACGAUUUCCUGCAGUCCAAGAAUUUGGCGGGAUGUGCUGAUAUUGCAACCUUCAAAGACUACCUAAAACGCAUGUGGUUCGGGUUUUACAGUCGACAAAACAACGCCAUGGAUACAAGCGGAUUCGAACAUGUUUUUGUUGGUGAAAUUAAAACAAACCAAGUAUCCGGGUUCCACAACUGGGUUGAACUUUAUUCAAGAGAACAAGAUGCUUCUCUGAACUAUUACGGUUAUGUUGGUAUGACUGAGCCAAAUCUAUACGGCGUUCACUUCAGUUGGGAUGGUUACAUGAAGGGACUCUCUGGUAGUUCGAUUGGUACAAGCCCCGAGAUGGAUUUGGCUCUAUUUACUCUAUGUCACAUGACUCGACCAGCAGCUCAGUGCACGGUCAAUAUUCGUACCGAAAGUGGCAGCGUUGUAAGUCGUCCAAUACAGACAUGGACCUGGACAAAAACCUACCCAGGAGAUGGUCUUAAAUAUGUAGCAUCUGCUUACUUUCUCGUUUAAUAAUGAAUAAAAGUGGACUACGGUGAAAUAAAAUCUCCAAAUUAUA